GUGACUCAGUUUCCUCAGGGGCCCCGGAAGCCGCCCUGCUUCCGCUUCCGCACGCCCUCCUCCAGCCCGGCACCCGCAGGUCCGCCGGGACGCGACUGCGCGGCUGGCUACCCCUGUACGCCCCAUCGACCAUCGCCUGCUGAGGACAAUUGGUCAUCAGGUGUGCCUGAGCCAGUGCCAGUCCACCCCACCUGCAGCCUUGGCCUGAUGGGGUGGUGACCCUCCCCACUCCGCUCUGGCGCCAUGUGGCCCAAUGGCAGUUCUCUGGGGCCCUGUUUGCGGCCAACAAACAUCACGCUGGAGGAACGGCGCCUGAUCGCCUCCCCCUGGUUCGCGGCCUCCUUCUGCCUGGUGGGCCUGGCCUCCAACCUGCUGGCGUUGAGUGUGCUGGUGAGUGCGCGGCAGGGCAGCUCCCAUGCGCGAUCCUCCUUCCUGACCUUCCUCUGCGGCCUGGUCAUCACUGACUUCAUGGGGCUGCUGGUCACUGGCACCAUCGUGGUGUCCCAGCACGCCGCCCUCUUUGACUGGCAGGUCGUGGACCCUGGUUGCAGCCUCUGCCACUUCAUGGGCGUCAUCAUGGUCUUUUUUGGCCUGUGCCCGCUGCUGCUGGGGGCCGCCAUGGCCUCGGAGCGCUACCUGGGCAUCACCCGGCCCUUCUCACGGCCCGCAGCCUCCUCGCAGCGCCGGGCCUGGACCACGGUGGGGCUGGUGUGGGCCGCCGCGCUGGCGCUGGGCCUGCUGCCCCUGCUGGGUGUGGGUCGCUACACCGUGCAAUACCCGGGCUCCUGGUGCUUCCUCACACUCGGUGCCGAGCCAGGGGAUGUGGCCUUCGGUUUGCUCUUCACCCUCCUUGGCAGCCUCUCGGUGGGGCUCUCCUUCCUGCUCAACACGAUCAGCGUGGCCACCCUGUGCCACGUCUACCACGGGCAGGAGGCCGCCCAGCAGCGCCCACGGGACUGCGAGGUCGAGAUGAUGGCUCAGCUCACGGGCAUCAUGGUGGUGGCCAGCAUCUGCUGGAUGCCGCUGCUGGUCUUUAUCGCCCAGACGGUGCUGCGGAGCCCGCCUGCCAUGAGCCCGACUGGGCAGCUGUCCCGAGCCACCGAGAAGCAGCUGCUUAUCUACCUGCGCGUGGCCACCUGGAACCAGAUCCUCGACCCCUGGGUGUACAUCCUGUUUCGCCGGGCGGUGAUCCGGCGCCUCCACCCUCGCCUCAAUACCCGGCCCAGGUCUCUCUCCCUGCAACCCCAGCUCACCCGCAGGUCCACGAUGCAGUAGGGCCAGGGCUGGACGUCGGGGGCAGCUCUGGAAGGACAGAGCACCCUGCCAGCAUGUCCCCCAUCUAAACUUUGUCCUCCCUGUCAGUCGCAUCUGCCUGUUCGGAAGUCCAGGAGCCAGGCGUGCAGGAUGGACAGUUUGAGUGGCAGGAUUGUGUGCUGUCUUCCAUCAUCCCUGGGGACCCUCCAACUCUUCCCUGACUCCCCUUUCCAAAGCCCCUCCCCUCUCUCCGCCCCUCCCCACUCAGAGGCCCCUCCCAAUCCCAGGAAGGGUGUGGGCAAUGCUGGGAUGGUGUCUGGAGGAAAGCAGACUUGUAAGCCUCCCCUUGCAGAAAUCCUCCAGAAAUGGGGGACUCUGACCCCCUCUGACCCCUGAAUAUGACCUGCUUACUGGGGUACAGUUGAUUCCCUUUGACAGCCCAAUUUG